GGUGGUCUAAAUACAGUCUAUGGUCUGAACAUGUCAGUGUCCAGCAGCUGCUACAAACCUGUGAGCCAUGUCCUCUUCGACAUGGACGGAUUAUUAUUAGACACGGAGCGGCUCUACACCGUGGCCUUCCAGGAGAUAUGUGAUCGCUUUGGAAAGCAGUACACAUGGGACCUGAAGUCCAGGGUGAUGGGGAAAAAGGCUCUGGAUGCCUGCCAGAUUAUCCGGGACUCUCUGGAACUCCCCAUGACAGCAGAGGAGCUCCUCUCCGAGAGCAGACAAAUACAAGAAAGGAUAUUUCCCUCCGCCAAACUCAUGCCAGGUGUGGAGAAACUCGUGCGCCAUCUCCAGAAGCAUUCAAUCCCCAUUGCUGUGGCAACCAGCUCAGCUGAUGUGACGUUCCAGUUGAAGACGAGCCAACACAAAGUCUUUUUCGGUCUCUUUGACCACAUUGUCGUGGGUGAUGAUCCCGAGGUGAAGAACAGCAAACCUCAGCCGGACUCCUUCCUGGUCUGUGCCGGCAGAUUCAACCCUCCAGCUCCCCCAGAGAAGUGCUUGGUGUUUGAAGAUGCUCCCAACGGCGUGAAGGCAGGGCUGGCGGCGGGGAUGCAGGUGGUGAUGAUUCCCGAUGACAACCUAGACCCCAGCCUUACCCAGGAGGCCACGCUGCGACUCAGGAGCAUGGAGGAGUUUCGGCCGCAGCUCUUUGGCUUGCCGGCGUAUGACUGAGCCAGAAACCACACCGACGUCAAGUCGAAACAACAAGCUGACUUCCUUCCUGCAUGCCUUACCCUGCUCUGGGUAUAAAGUGAUGUUAUCAGUUUUUUCUUCCAAGCUAAUGACAUUCAAUCGUUCGAUAGAUGAGACAUAACGUCACUGAACAAGACCUCUAAGCAGGUCAGUUUAUUAUCAAUCUAUUUCAGGACUCCUUUCUGAAAGCUUUUGCUUGAUAUAUUACACAUAUUGAGUCACUUGGCAGUAGGGCUACGAAGAUAUUUAGAUAGGUGAGGUUUAUAUAUCUGUUGUCCUUAUCUUCUUCCACUAUUUCGCUACAGUGAAUAGGGAUUAAUGUGUGUUGCUUAAACAUUACAAAUGUAUUCAACAACAAAAACUACAACUCAAGCUGUAAUACUGUAUAUAGCUGACAGGGGGGUCCUUCAAAUAUCCGGAGAAACAGGGGCGCUGGGGUUGGGUAUCAUUCGAAAUGUUUGCAUGAUUGUUAGUUAGUCUUUCAGCACGUUGCCUUUUCCCCAUUGAGUCGGACACAUUCAGGUUAAACAUGAACUGAAUUUGCAUACAAGCAUUUUAGUUUGUAGGAUUAAAAAAGGAAAUAAACAGCAUUUGAACAA